UUCCUUGAAGACGUGUUCCAUAUGAUGUUUCUUGCUGAGUUUUGAGUUUGAUUAUGGAACAGAUGCGGGAGGGAAGCAAGAGGCUGUUUGUCAUCGAUGAGAUCGGAAAGAUGGAGUUGUUCAGCCAAGCGUUUAUCCGUGCGGUGAGACAGACGCUGGACGCCUCCAGCUGCUCCAUCCUGGGCACCAUCCCUGUUCCUAAAGGAAAACCUCUCGCGCUGGUGGAGGAAGUGCGCAGCCGACAGGACGUCAAGAUAUUUAUGAUCACGAAGGAAAACAGAGACGUGAUCUUCGAUGACAUUGUCUCGGCUGUACAAGUGUGCCUGAAGAACACGUCUCAUAAUGGACAGAGCUCUGCAUUAUUGAUUGGAAGCGAGCGUGUGAGACCGUCCUGGAGGAGCGACUGAGAUGAACAGAGGUGAUGCCCUGCGAACACUCAUCAGCCCUUAAAUGUUUUCAGUGGGACAGAGAGGCGCGACCUUUCCUCGUGAGCUUCCUGUAUGUACGUUUCCCAUUAAACAGGAAAAUAAAUUCAUAUUUGAGAGGACAACACUGUCAGGCUUCCAGAUGUUUUAUUUACU